AUGGGCAAUAGUGCGCAGUGUCUUCAACUUUCCAAGCUCGCAAUGCAGACUCUGAUCAUCAUUUGUUCCGCGCUUGCGCUAUUUCAGCAAGCGCACGCACAAUGCCUGCCGACGGCAUACUGUCUUCCUGCGCCGGCACCCACGCCCGUGGUACUGCCAGCACCGGCGGCCGCACCCAUCUGCAUAUCGGCUACCCCGGCAGCCCUACCGGCGCCGGCUUUAGCCGCCCUCGCCCCCGCGCUGGCUUCCACUCUAUCUGCCUCCCUAGCCGCGACUCUACCUCCACUUUUGGAGGCUGCGCUGCCCACUGUACUUACGUCAGCACUGGCUGCCGCCGCGCCUCUUCUGGCUGCCUUACCAGCACCAGCACCAUGCGCGACACCGGUAGUGUAUAUC